AUGUCUCAGACAGGGACCUUGAAAAAGUUCUUCUCAGAGAAAGGGAUAGGCUACAUCGCGCCUGAUGAUGGUACCGAAGAUGUCUUCAUUCAUUUCCAAGCCGUGAUCAAUGGAGGUGAGGCAGAUAUGAUUCCUGGAGCCAAGUUGAGCUACGAUUUGGAGAUCAAUGAUCGGAACGGGAAGACCAAGGCAGUCAGAGUGAAGAUUGAAGAGCCUGGCGACCCAAGUGGCUCCUGGAAAGGUGGAGGUGGCGGCGGUGGCGGUGGUGGUGGUAAAGGGUAUGGAAAGGCCCAAGGCGGAAAGAGAAGCCAUGGAGCUGGCCCUUAUGGACAACCGAAUUCGUCAUAUGGCCUUGCCAACUUGGCUGCGGGCUAUGACAUGAGUGCUGACUACUGGGCUUCCGUCUACCAGACAAUGACAGGUGGAGGAGGCUCCGGCGGUGGCGGGGGCAAAGGGCAGGGCAUGAAUCCAUUCAUGUACUACUGA